GAAUAUGCACGGCUUUUGAUCCAUUCCGUAGAUCCUCCCACAUAUCCCAAACCAUGAUAUCGGUGCAUAUGCAUGCCUACUCAAAUUUAUGUAUAUUCUAUGCUCCUACUUUCCAGAGUUAAGGUGCUGCAGCAUAGACCAAACGCAUGAGCCGUUUACGAUUGACAGGGACAAAAUGAUCUGCAAAAUUUAUAUUCCAGUGCAAGCCGGUGGCACGCAAAGUGCUGCUUGCUUCUUUGUUCAAAUCAUUCCGUAAUGACUACCGUAACAUUGGCGUAGACCAAACGUUUUCGUGAUACACUGUGCUGAAAAUUUCCGUCGCAUACUUCCAUUCGCUGAAUAAAACUUUACGCCGAUUUACGAUACCGGAAACCAGCCUCAUGCGUUCAACUCGUUGAAGAAAGGGAUUGUACUCUUUACUGUUGUAAUACAGUCUGUACGAAUACUUUAUGUUCUUGCUGGUCAAAAAAGUGUGAUUGUUUUCUUGUUUCUUCCAGUUUUUCAAUCGUCACGAAAGUGUGAUGAAAGUUCUAUAUUUUUGCUUUGCUUUGUCUAUUGCUAAUUUAACCGAAGCUUUUAACGUAACCUUUUUGACAUGUAUGUCAUACUCUUCGCUGGCGUACAGCUACAACUACUAUGGUCCGGCAGUGGAUAUUGCGAUUGAACAACUGAGCAAGUUAUACCCGAGAUUCACUUUCCAUAAAAGGAAUCUGUCUCCCACCUGGAUGAAAACAUGCGCUGAUAUGGAUGCCAAUGUCGUGAAUUUGGUAUCUUAUUAUAUCAUGAAGGAUCCCGUUGGCAGCGCGAUGUGGGACGAUAUGACACACUUGAAUAUCUUCAUCGGAAACGCUUGCAGUGGAUCUCUUGUCUUACUUGGAGAUGUCGCUAGAGAGUUGAAUAUGCCACUAAUUUCAAGUGGCGGUUCAGACGAUAUCCUGAACAAUAUUAAGCGAUUUCCCACACUGCUGCGACUAUUAACUUACCACCAGAAAGACCUGACGGAGGUUUUGCUGCAGUUUUUGCGCCGGUAUAAGUAUAAAGAUAUUUCACUGUUCUGUGAUACCAAUCCAGCGCUGGAGAACUUUGAGCAACUGGCUUGCGAUGGCUUUGAAGCUGGCAUGCAGACAAUUCCCAGUUCCAAUAUCGUCUCCUACCGCUUCAAUAUGCUCGAAAAAGGUGUUGACUUCCGGGCCCCGCUGUUGGCCGCAUCCAAGAACUCUAGAGUUAUUGUGAUAAUUGCGCAUGGAAAUACCACACGUGAUAUUUUAAUUACGGCAUAUCGGAUGGGCAUGGCACAGGGCGAUUACGUGUACAUCACCGCCUACCCGUUUGAGCAUCCUCUGUACGGCUACUAUCGUUGGCAGUUUCACGACGAGAAGGAUGACGAAGCAAAAAACGCUUUUAAGUCACUAUAUUUUCUCGCUGUUCGGCCAAUGCGCAGCCCCGAUUACGAGGAUUUUGAAAUCGAAGUUAAAUACCGUGCGUACAAAAACUACGGAUACAAAUACGAAACCACGGAAUCGGUAUCCAUGUUCACUGCUUUGCAACACACCAUCGUACUUUUGACGGGACAGCUCAUAAACGAAACCAUUAACGAGGGAGACGUCCUAGACGAUAACGAUGGCGAUCAAAUCAUGGAUGGGGCUUUCGAUCCCAGAGAAAUACCAUCCGUUAUCGGCAACUUUUCCAUGCGGUUCGGUGAUCGACUUCUCUACACCUACGUCAUUGUUUCAAUGAACCAUACCACAUAUGAUUUUAGGGAAAUUUUCUCCUACGAUACAAUCAACCGGACUUUGUCGCCGGUGCCGGGAACUGCCGUUACAUGGGCCUACCGGAAUUCCGCUCCACCCAAUACUCCGCCCUGUGGAUUCGGUGGCAUUGAUAACAGUUGUGCUGCUUCGUCGGGUGAGGUGACGGGGACGGUGAUCGGAAUAUUGGUGGCCUUGGCUGUGGUUGGUGCGAUUUUUUACUACAUUGCCAAGCGCAGCGGAAUUUUUGACAAAGACACCGAUGAGCGACGAUGGUUUGUUCUGCCUGAAGAAAUCGUCUUCACAAAAAACAACGCCACUGCCGGUUCCACCUAUUCACGUGCAAAAUCAACUAUGUCGCUUAACCAAAGCAUUAGCAGCCACCAAACCACAAUGAAAGCCAGCCGCAAAACUGCUACUAACAGCUUUAGUUUAACCGGAAGUCUACUAGAAUCGGAGAAUGUGGCCAUGUACAAACAGAGACCAGUGUGGGUGCGCCGGGUGGCUGUUCAUAAAAAAUUCUCACCGAGUUCGUCACAGGAGAAUCUUAUUAGAAAAAUCAAACAAACGUAUUCGGCGAACGUUGCCAGAUUCUUUGGAAUCUAUCCAAUGGAUAACGAAGUCGGGCUGCUUUGUGAGGUCGCUCAUCGGGGAAGCUUGAGCGACAUUAUACAAGGCGAAUCCAUCCGGUUUGAGUCAUCGUUGAAAAGUUCGGCGCUUUCGGAUUUAACCAGUGCACUGAUGUAUCUGCAUAAUUCCGGUGUGCAAUUCCACGGCGAACUGUCGAGUCAUAACGCCCUAAUGGAUAAUCGAUUCGUGACUAAAGUUGCAUACUGCCGCUUGGAUCUAUUCCAUCGACAGCAACCUGAUUUCUUCCAUGAUACACCCGAUCAUAAAAAAUUCUUUACUUUUGCCCCGGAACAGCUGCGUUCACCGAAUGUGUACAAAGGAUCGAAGGAAGGAGAUAUUUAUGCGUACGGGCAUAUAUUUAUCGAGAUUAUGUGCGAAAUUGCGCCUUUCCAAAAUGAGCUGGAUGUGGAUCGAUUCACAGCAAAAGAUAUAAUCGAUCGCGUCUGCCGACAGAGCGUCAUUCCAUUUCGACCGAAAAUACCCGCAUCGGCAUUAUUGUCACCGGUUCGUUCACUUGUGGAGCGUUGCUGGGACGACCGACCGUCCGCUCGGCCGACAAUCGAGUACAUCAACAGCUACUUGAAAUCGGUGCCUGGAUUCGAGAGGGAUGAUAAUUUUGUGGAUGCUCUUACUAAACGCUUGGCAGCGCAUGCGGAAGAUCUGGAACAACGCAUUCAGCGGGCACAGGAAGCAAUACUAGAGGAGAAGCGCAAAGCUGAGCAGCUGCUCUUUCAGAUCUUACCCGAGCAUGUUGCCACAAGUCUGGUGCGAGGUACGAAGACGGAUCCCGAAUUCUUCAGUCAAGCGACACUGGGAUUUACCGCUAUCGAAGAUUUUGGAGUAAUUACCGCUGCGAGCACUCCUCUUCAGAUGGUUGGUCUCUUAAACGAAAUAUACACCAUGUUUGACGCUAUUCUGCAGCAGUUCGACGUUUACAAAGUGGAAACAAUUGCUGAUACGUACAUGAUUGCCAGCGGUAUCCCAGCGCGAAAUAACAACGAGCAUUCCAGGCAGAUUGCUGAGUUAUCAUUGGAAAUGAUGCAACAAGCGCAAGCUUUUAAGAUAAAACACCGUCCUCGUUCAAAAAAUAUCCUACUGCUGAAAAUCGGGUGCCAUACUGGGUCAUGUGUGGCCGGAGUAGUGGGCAACCGAAUGCCUCGAUAUUGUUUAUUUGGUGACGCUGUUAAUUUUGCAUCACGGAUGGUAAGCACCGGGAAAGCGCUCAGAAUCCAGUUCAGCUCUACCGCUAAAGAUCAUCUAGAAGUGCAUAGUCCAGAAUUUCGGUUCCAGAGCAGAGGCGUAAUCGAGAUCAAAGGUAAAGGUCCACAGAAAUGCUACUGGCUUUUGCAAGAGCAUGAAAAGAGCGAUUACGAUACAGAAGAGGAUCAACACAAGCGCAAAUCUCGGAAGCAGUCUUCGCCUAAUAGGGACACUUCCAACCAAAGGUCACGGUCAAAGGUAAACGAUCAAGAGAGUCACAGUCACAGAAAUCUCUCACCAGAGCAAGAUCGUUCUGAGAAAAGAUCGACUUCCAAAAAGAAAAAAGGUCACAAAGAAUCUGGAUCCGGCCAACGGGAUACACACAAGCAUGAAAAAGCCAGUCAAAAAGCAAAGCCCGCUAACGAACCGGAGCGAAGGAUAUCGUAUAUGCAAAAUAAUCCGUCGGGGAGCGAAAUAUCGAUAGAAAUAAAAAGCAGUCAAGAAAAACCGCAGAAGAAAGUGACACAUAAAGAAUCCCAGCGAAGAAAAUCUUCAGUGGCUGCAAAGCAGGCUGGAAGGAAACAACGUGAUGAAUCCCAAGAAAAGCAACUGCUAGCAAGAGACCCGCAGUCCACAUUGCUCACAACAGAUAAAAGCAAGAAUCUGAAGAGAAAUAUGCCGCACCGAUUAAACGUACUGCAAGCAGAGCUAAGGAUAACCAAAGUGAAAAUCACAUUAAACAUCCGCUAGACCAGUCCAGUGUACUGUCGUCUACUCGCACCAAAGCAGAUCAGCAGUCGGACGGAAGCAGGAUCAGACAAAAGUUUGUACCAAUGGAGAACUUGUUGUUACUUUCCGCACGAAGUCAGGUAAGUUCUGCACAGCAAU